AUGAAACUGCAGAAUCUCUCAUUCGAACAGCAAUUUGUCAGGGGUUUCUUUUUCUGGGGCCUGAUUGUCCACAGAUUUCGAGCUUUUUUCUUAUGGAUACCCUUAUUUCUGACCGCUCUGUUAGCCUUUGGGUUCAUUUGGAUUAAAGAACAGGUAACUGCGAUAAUCAAUUUUUUAUGUACUCCUUCGAAUCCGCUUUAGACAACUAUUGAUCCGCAAUUCGUUUUCUCCCCAGAAGAUGCCAUCUGGAGAUCCGAAAGAGCAGCGAUUACCGAACAUUGGCCUCUGAAUGAACAGAAAUUUUGGCCCGGAAUGUCUUAUGAAUACAAUGGUUAUGUAGAUGUCAUCGCAGCGGCUAAACCACAUCCCGAAUAUGGCUAUCCAAACAUGCUAUUGAAGAAGAAUAUAGAAGAAUUGGACAGAAUCAACAAGUACAUCAUACAUAACUUGACGGUUACUGUAGAUUUGGAAGGGAGGAAUUAUACGGUCGGGUUUAGCGAUCUCUGUAUGACCUAUAAUUGGAAAUGCUACGAAAACGAUCACGUUUUUAUGUUGAAACCGAAGAGUACUUGGGGUACAUUUGAUGUACAGAUUGCCGAAUUUGCAGAGGAUAUUGUUAAUUCUGAGGUAAUUGUGUAUUGAUUGCAUUGUCCUGUUUUAGCUGAAAGUGACAUAUCCAAUUGGAUGGAGGGGGACCGAGCCCAUUUAUUUUGGUGCGUUUGUUGGAGCACCCAAUCUGAUCGACGAUGAAGGUCAUUUUGAUUAUGUAAAAGCGGUCAGAUUGACUUACAAUGUCAGGGCUGGGAAAGUUGACAAGUUCUCUUACUAUUGGAGAAAAAAAUUGACCAAAUUCUUAACGGAUAAGGAACAUCCAGUUAGUGGUAAGUAAACAAUAAAUAAAGUCAUCUUGCCCUUUCCUCAGAUCGAUUGGAAUUCGGAUUGUUCCACAAUGAGAGUCUUCCAGAAGGCCUCCAGGAUGUGGCUGAUACCUUGACCCCCAAGUUUGCCGUAAUGUCCUUCCUCUUGUUCGCAUUUUGUGUUGGCUGUUCUAUUGUCAUUCUUCCGUUUGAAGACCGAUUCUGUAUUGAUUGGGUCAGAUCAAAGCCGAUCCUUGGUUUGGCUGGGAUUAUCUGCCCUCUCUUGGCUGUGAUCAGUGGAUGGGGAAUAGUGCUCUGGAGUGGUUCCCUCUAUAACGCGAUUGUCAACGUUUCCCCUUUUAUUGUCACAUGCAUAGGAAUCGAUGACGCCUUUUUGAUGACCGCAGCAUGGCAUCGGACCAAUCCCGAGCAGAGUCCAGCGAAAAGGUUGGCGGAAACUUUGGCCGAGGCAGCUGUGGCCAUUUCCAUCACGUCCAUAACUGAUAUGGUAAAUUAAAUUACCCUUGUUUACAAUAUUCUUAGCUCACAUUUGGCAUCGGAUGUAUGACUUCAUUGCCUGGUGUCCGUCUCUUCUGUUUAUACACUUUUUGGGGAAUCACCUUCACUUACCUGUACCAAGUCACUUAUUUUGCCGCUUUGAUGGCCUAUUGUGGAGAAAUGGAGGAUAAAGGAGUCCAUUCAUUGUUAUGGACGGAAACAAAAGAGCCUGGAGAAUACAGUAAGAAUUUAUAUUUGACUUAUUACUGGCUUAGAAACAUAUUGGAGAAGAUUCUGGUUUUCUGGAAGUAAAUGUCGACAUAAAGAUAGGAUGGAAAGUUCCAAGCAAUUAAAAGAAUUGGACACUGAAAGCAAAAAACAGGAUGACGGAAGUAAUCAAGCCGAUCAAGGGAGAUUUCUACAAUUUCUGAAGAAGAUCGGGACUCAUAUGGCCAAUGAUGACUAUGUAUGUAACAUAUAUUGGAGAUAUUACCUUCACGUGUCUCCUUUAUGUAUAACCUUAUAGGAAAUGGACACGCAUCACACCAAGGAGACCUUUGUAAAUCAUCUCUUCCGGGAUGUUUACGCCCCAUUUCUAUUAAAUACGAAGACCAAGUUCUACGUUUUGUUGUCGUAUUUUAUUUAUAUUGGCAUCGCUUUAUUCGGAUUAACCCAGAUCCGAGAAGGAUUAAAUCCGAAGAAUUUAGUCAGAUCCUCAUUCUAUCUGAGCGACUUCUACGAACUGAUCGAUCAGACAUUUUGGUUAGAAGGUACCGUCUUCUACAGCUGAUUAUUGAAUUAAAUUCAGGUCUUCAAGUCCAAAUUGUUGUCAAUAAUCCUCCGGAUUUAUAUGAUGAAGAAGAACGGCAUGAAUUUCAUCGGAUGGUCAGCUCUUUUGAAGAUACCAAGAGCACCAUGAACCACAACGCUACGAUGAUAUUCUGGGAUGCUUACGAAAAGCAUUUGGAAGAUGAUUUUACGGAGCACAAAAUCAGUAAACCUAACAGGUAACUCAUUUCACUUGAGUUGUAAAUGUACUUUAGUUCUGAAGAGUAUUACAUAAGAAUGAGGGAUUGGUUGUUGACGGCUGGUGGACGUAAUCUCUGGGAAGUGAAUAUGCAAUGGGCCAGUGAAAACGAAUCAGAUCCGAUUGUAAGAAAUUACCGUAAUGCAUGCUAUUUUUUAGAACUAUUAUCAUCUGAAAGCGUUCCGUUUUCAAGUUGGUCUUCGAAAUUAUCGCACUCCAACCGAACACACAGAGGGAUGUCGAUUGAUUCGAAGUAUUGCUUCCAGCUGGAGCAAAUACAAUGUCACUACUUUUCACGAGUAUUAUCCUUUCGCGGACCAAUAUUUGGAACUGAAACCGGCGCUGAUCAGGAAUUGUAUAUUGGCCGUUCUAUGCAUGGCUUUUGUAGCCUUAGGCAUGAUUCCACAUGUGGGGGCGGUGCUCGUGAUUGUGUGUGCAAUUGUAUCCAUUGAUGUCGGGGUCAUUGGAUACAUGACUUUGUGGGGGGUCAACCUGGAGAGUGUCUCCAUGAUCACAAUCAUCAUGAGUAUUGGCUUUUCGGUUGAUCUCUCUGCUCAUAUUGCUUAUGCCUAUGUCAAGGCGGAAGGAGAUAAUCACAGAAAGGCGAUCACCGCGUUGGAAACCUUGGGAUGGCCAGUCUUUUUGGUAAGUCAUCUUUUCUCAAUCGCCUUGCAGUGUUGUAUUAACCAUGUUGUUUAAGGGCGCCUUUUCCACGGUGAUAGGCAUAAUGAUCCUAGCAUUCGUCGAUGCUUAUAUAGUACAACUCUUCUUCAAAACGGUGUUUCUUGUGAUUUCUUUCAGUCUCCUGCAUGGAAUUGUUUUCUUGCCCAUCUUUAUGACCGUUGUUAUGCCCGGAAAAAUGAACACAGACUCAUAA